CCCCUGCCUGUUCAGAGCGCCUCCGAGCCCGGGGACGCCAGCCCCCAGCUCCUGCAGCUCCGAGUGCCUCUGUGAGCUGGCCGCGGGUUCCAGCCCCCGCACGCCGAGGGGACGCCCGGCGCACGAUGCUGGCUGGGAUGCUUUUCUGCCUUGAACCCGAUGGAUCUUGAACCAGCGUGCCCCUGCCCCACUGACUCUGACUCUGACUCUGACCAUUGCCAGCAACCUUAUUCCCAAACCCUACAGACUGGUGCCCUUGGGUAAAAACCCAGUGAUUCCUAAGUAAACAGAAUCAUCAUCUUUGGCAAAUGAAGCAAGCCCAGAAAGUGGUGGUGCCAAACGCGGUCCACUGACAACGCUUUGAAACCAAGUUCCUCUUCGCAGAAACAUUGUGGCUUAGCUUUCAAACCAGAGGCUUGUCUUACCGAGCAAAAAGUGAGAUGGCUCAGUCGAGGAUGAGAUGUAUGUAUAUUUUCCUUCUGGUUCUGGGGGCUCUUUGCCUGUAUUUUAGCAUGUACAUUCUGACUCCUUUGAAAGAAGAGCCGUUUAUUUUCAAGAAGGAAAUUGGGAACUUCCUUCAGCUCCCAGAAAUAGACUGCAGGCACAACCCGCCUUUCCUCGUCCUGCUGGUGACGUCGUCUCACAAGCAGGUGGUCGCUCGGAUGGCUAUCCGGAUGACCUGGGGGAAGGAAAAGGUGGUGAAAGGCAGACGGAUAAAGACGUUCUUUCUCCUGGGAACCACGCCCUCCGAGGACGACACGAGAGCGGUGGCUGAGGAGAGCCAGCAGUUCCACGACAUCAUCCAGAAGGACUUCGCAGACGUGUAUUUCAACCUGACUCUGAAGACCUUGAUGGGCCUCGAGUGGAUCCACCACUUCUGCCCUCAGGCCUCCUUUGUGAUGAAAACGGACUCGGACAUGUUCAUCAACGUCUACUAUCUGACCGAACUGCUUCUCAAGAAAAACAGAACCACGCGGUUUUUCACUGGCUUCUUAAAAAUGAAUGAAUUUCCCAUUAGGAAAAAGUUCAAUAAGUGGUUUGUCAGCAAAUACGAGUACCCGUGGGACAAGUACCCGCCGUUCUGCUCGGGCACUGCCUAUGUGUUCUCCAGUGACGUUGCCAGCCAGGUGUACAAUGUUUCCGAGAGCGUCCCCUUCAUUAAGUUAGAAGACGUCUUCGUGGGGCUCUGCCUUGAAAGGCUGAAUAUCAAACUGGAGGAGCUUCACUCCAAGCAGACGUUUUUCCCAGAAGGGUUACGGUUUUCCCCUUGUCGCUUUAAGAAAAUCGUGGCCUGCCAUUUUAUCAAGCCUCCGGCACUGCUGACCUAUUGGCAGGUUCUGGAGAAUACUCUGGAAGAAGAGUGCCCGGCGGUUUGAACGUCCAACAACCCACAGUGACUAUUUUCAAAAGAUCUUUGGGCAGAACUGAGAAUCCUUAGGGAGCAGGGGAGCGAGGAGGGAGAGGAAGAAGGAGUGCAAAGAUGAGAUCCUUCAUGUUCCAAAUCCAAACCACUGACCAGUCCCCACUGAAUGCCCCAACCAAUAAGAGAACCUGCUCUGCACACCUACAGCCUCCCAUCUCAGUGGUCAUAUCAAGUGGGGGGCUUUCUGAUCCCCAUGUUUCUAAGGAGGAAACACUGGCCUAGUGAGGUGCAGUUACAUGUCCCCAGGCUCACGCUGAACAAACGUGGGAGUAGGAAUGAAAGUCAAGGGGUCUCCAAAUCCAGGGGACAAUCCCAGACGCCCCCCGCUGCUCCAUGCUGCUUCCCUUGGGAGGUAAUGCUGAUGGCGAAGGCUCUGAGAGAGUUUCCAUCAGCAUCCUUCCAUCCCAUUCCAAGAUGCCCUCCUCCUUAACUCCAGAUCUUUGGGCCUCUGAGCACUCAGCCUGGGAUGAACAAACUCGCCCCCGGCUGCCCUGACUCACCGCGAUGGAUCUGGCCGGGCACACAACGUGUCCCAAAGCCCAUCCCAGAAGAUCCACGGCAGCACCUGCAGCUCACCUCAGGGGAGACGCCCCACUCAGAAAGCACCGAGGACCCUGGGCAUUCGUGCAGACUGCUCCAUCACUCCGUGAACUUCCCCAGAGAGCAGAACGUCUCUUGGGGCCUGUCUAUGGCACUCGGGUCUGUAACUCCAGUCUGCCUGCUUCAAUGGAUGGGGACCAGCUACAGCUCUCGGAGCACUUUAGGCUUCUAAAUUCAAACCGAGGGGCUGUUGGCACAUUCCACACAGGAUUCUCAGAGCCUCCCUGGCAUUCUGCUGGAUUUAAGUCAAGGAGCUAUCCAAGAGCUCUGGGGGCACAAAGUCCCAAACUGAGCCCUGGUUACGGGGUAUCCUUGUGUCCACUUCCCAGCGUGACCCAAGCUCAUCUUUGCUGAAGUUCUCAGAUGGCCAACGCAAACUGCGCUUUGUGGCUUAGAGUUUACCCUUCAAGUUUCUGCCCUCUGGAGGUUUGUACGAGCCUCUUUUGUUGGGCUGUAUGAAAACAAGGCACUUCUUGGCAAGGGUCAUUGCCACUGAGCCACCAUUACACUACAUUCUCCUGAUCAGAGUGCUGAUUGAUUUUGUUUUAUUUUUACUUUCUUAUUUUACCAGACAUUACUAAGCACUUAAAGUGAAGGCCUCUCAUGGUCGCGUAACUUUUGGACUAAGCUCCUACCUGAGCUCAGGCACAGAUGCUUGCUGCAGAGUGGCUGUGACAAUGUUCAAUUGCACAGUGCGGCCUGGCGUUCCAAGUUGCAUGCAUUUCUUGGGUCUGAGUUGAGCUGCUUGUUUGCAGGUGUGUUUCCUCACCCUGGCUGCUUCGAGCGCUCUGGGUUAUGUUCAGAAAUUCAAGAACUGAGCUCAUGGUUUUGAAACCCAGAUUUUACAAGAGCCCCUUUGGAUGGGCUGCCCCUGAGUCUGAAGAUAAGGGUGUGUUUGAGGGUGAAGCGAGGCCAGGUCUGUGCUGAGCAGUCCACUUUGUCUGGCAGGUGAGGUGCGGCCAAGGCUGGGUAACCCCCCCUCUGUGUUUGUUGUUCCAGCCUGGGCCGUCCGUGUGCACCUGCAGACCUCGGCUGUGGGGACGCCUGGCUCCAGGGCUGGGCUCCAUCCCCAGACUCCCUGUGUUCUUAAAAGGUUUUCUGCAAAACACAUGCUUUUUUCACUCUGUUUAUACAAUGAAGAAGUUUUUUUCUUUAGGGAAAGAUUAUUUCACGACUACAGAAACUUGAAGGGAACUUACAGCUCAUUCUGUCCACCCUCCCCGCUUUAAUUAGGAUGAAACUGGAGCUCAGAGAGGCCCAGAGACUUGCUCAAGAUUUCACAGCUAGUUGCUGGUGGAAUCCGUGUUCUAGCUCUGUUUCGGUUCCUUUCCAUCAUCUUGCCUAUAUCUGAGGGUGAGAAAUGGUGUCCAAGCAUGAAUUUUGAGGCAAAGCAAUGCUUUUCCAAUAAUGCCCAAUUUUAGUUUCAAGAUGGGACUGGAGAGGAGCCAGGCUGUUUGUCAUUGCAGCAGUAUUUUACCUCAAAGCCAUCAAGGGAGAAGUGAUUUUGAAUGUGAACACUAUUUCCAAGGUUCUAAGAAUGAAGACUUCAUAUGUAUCAGCUCAUUUCAAUGCUUGCAACAACAGUGUGAGGUGGUUCCUACCAAUAUCCCUGGUUUACGGAUGAGGAAACUGAGGCAGCAAGUGAGCUGAACCACUAGCCCAGGUUACGUAGCUGGAAAGUAGCAGAAGUGGGCUUUGAACCCCAGAUAUUAGGCACCACCGUGUGUUUGUCAUUCUAUUUCCAGGGGCUGCCCAGGCUGUCAGCUGACCCUCUCAGUAUUCCAGGGGGAUGUGGUGCGUGCUCUGGCUGCAUUUCUGGGCACUUCCUCCCAUGCCACACGUGCGCACUAGCGUGACCCCCUGUGUUCUGCCUACAGCCAUUAGGGAUCCCAGAAAGCCAGAUCCCCCACUUCUGAGCCGGAUUCCCACCCCUUCUUGCCUCCUCAAGAGCACAGCAUGUGACCAUUCUCCUCUCUAGUGGGUCACUCCCAUAAGCACACAAACAAGCUGUCAUCCUCCCGUCUCAAAGGCAGACAAACAAACACCCACCUUCCCCUGCCCUCGCUUUCCCCUCCAGCUGCUGCCCCUUUCUCUGCUCCCUCUGCACUUCACCUCUGCAAGGUCAGUGCUAUAUAUUUGCUGCCUUAAAUUCCUCUCCUAUUCUUUCUUAAAUCCCUUCUAAUCACACUUCUGCACCUUCCACUCCAUUCAGAAGGUUCUUAUCCAGGUCUCCAGUGACCCCAUGUUGCUAGAUCUCUGACCCCAUCUUGCGUGGUCACUUGGCAGCAUCUGGCCCAGUUGGCCUGGCCUGUGUCCCUGAGGAGUGCUUGCCCCUGGGCUUGCAGCAUGUCGCAAGCUUUUGGUGUUGCUCUGGCUCUCUGGACACUCCUUUUCAGUCUCCUCUGCCAGCUUCUCAUCACUCUAACCUUUCAGUUCUGGGGUGCCUGGGGCUCAGCCUCCAAUCUCCUUUCCUCUUCAGCCAUGCACGUUGCUCUGGUGAGCUUCUUCGGUCGCAUGGCUUUAAAUAGCACCUAUUAGGUAGAGAACGCCCACAUUCAUCUCCAGCCCAGAACUCUCUCUUGAUUUUCAGCCUUGUACAUUCCACUGCCUACCUGACAUGGCAUAGUGAGCAAAUCCAAAACUGAGCUCCCGAUCCCCUCAGCCCCACCAAAAUCCACCCCACUUGCAGUCUUCCCUAGUGCGGUUGAUGUCGCCUUCAAUCCUGCAGCUGAAGCCCUAAACCCUGGAGUCAUCCCUGACUCCCCUUUCCCAUCCCACUCUGCAGGAAAGAUGUCGGCUCUACCUUCACCGGCACCGCACUGUGUACAGAAUCCAGCCUCCCUCCCUCCUCCGCUGCGUCUGCCCUCGUCCAGGCCACAUCCCCUCUCGCCUGCACUCCCGCAGCAGCCUCCUGCCUGGCCUCCCAGCCUCCAUCCUUGCAUCCCUGUAGUUGGUUCUAAUAUUGCAUCCUGGGCGACCAGAGCAUCUCACGUCUCUGCUUAAAGCCCUCCAGGGGCUUCUCCGUCUCAGAGUAAAGGCCACGUGCUCGCUACCGUUUUCUGACUCUUAUUCCCCGACCUCGUCUCCUUGUCCGCUCUCAUUCUGGUCGCCUUGCUGUUUCCUGAGCACCCCAGGCAUGUUCCCAGCCCAGAGCCUCUGCACUGGCUGCUACUCCUGCUUGGGACGCUCUUUCCUCAGAUGUUGGUACGGCUCCUUCUCUUUUCCUCUUCCAAUUUACUAAAUGUACUUGCUUCCUACUUCUCUUAUAACACACUAUUUUAGCCACAUACCACCAUGCAAAAAGAUAGGACAGAAAAGCCCAAAUCAACAAAGGCUUGUUCAGGCCUCCCCUCCUUGAGCUCCAGAGUAAUAAAGUCAGCAGCCCAACUGUCAUCUCCCCCGGGAUGCCCCAAAGGUGCACAAAAUGCAGCCUAUCUAAAACCAAACUCAAGACCCUCCUCCUGCAGACGUGUUUUACCCCUGUGUUCUCAGUCUCAGGAAAUGUCACUAUCCAUCCAUCCAUUUAAUUCCACAGGCCAGAAGUCCUUGCUACUUCCGGCUCCCUUGCAUUGCCCCUGCCUGAAUCUUGUUGUUGCCAAGACCUAUGGAUUUGGCCUCUUCUCUCCAUCUCCACCAUUGCAGCCUCAGCCCCAGCUGCCAUCUUGGUUCAACUGGACUCACGCCAUAUCCUCCUAAGUGGUCUCGGGUCCAGUAGGGUCUCCUUCCGGUCUGUUCUCCAUGUCAUAUCCAGAGUGAUUUUUAAAAAAGCAAACCUGGCUAAGAAACUCAGAGACCCAGGGAGGCUGAGUGACUUGGCCCGGGCACCCUGUCGUUGUGGGAGCGCACAGCAUCUCCACUGGGUCUCCUGCCCAGGGCUCUGCUUGCUGCUCCCUGGAUGGACGAGUGUGGACGCGCUCUCCCUAUGGGCAGCAGGAGAGUGCAGCAUGGCCGAGAGCAGCAGUUAGACGCAGCUUCCCAUGUCAGUGCCUCUUUAACAAGCUUCCCGGUGACCUUGGGACAUGCAGUUGACGCUGGUCACCUGUACGUGAGUUAUGUGAGGUCCAGGAGGGCUGGCUCAAGAUGCUGACCCCGCUGAGCUCCCAGCCCUCCAGUUAUCCCAGAUGCUGGCACUAAGCUCCGAGAUGGAAUAUUAAAACAGUUAAUUAAUUUCCAUGUGAGCUUUCUGAAGCCUUCAAGUGUGGUUAUUUUUGUGUCCAAAAAAAAAGGAUUACCCAGAUGUUUACUUUGGUUUUAAAAAUAAAGUAUUCAUUUAUUAAAAUUCUUCCUUAAGCUUUUAACUUCAGCUGACAAAUCCGAAUAUUCUAUUUAUAGAUUCCAGCAAAUUUCAGCAGUCAUUCUAAAGGGAACUUUUAUUAAAAUGUACAAUCCCAUUUACAUAGUUAAUUAUGCUUCUUCAGUGUGCAUUUAUAAAUUUAGUACAUUCAACUUUUUAAGGAAGGUACUUCAGCUGUCUGACAAACAUCUUUCUGGAGGACUUAAAUAAUUCUUAUGAACCUAAUGAAAUAAAGAUACAAAUAUUGCAAACGUUAAUUUACUUAGCUAUUCCACAAUUGUGCAUUAGUAAGGCUUCAUCUUAAAAAUUUUAAGUCUAAAUCAGUGACUCAGCUUACAUUUUUUUCAAAUGGAAUCUUGAGGUUGACCUCUUAUUUUGUUGGGCCAAGUUACAAGUGCAUAAAAUAUCAAAUAUACACAUUUCUUAACUCUUUAAUUUUUAAACAUUUUUUAUUUUGAAAUAAUUUCAAACUUAUAGGGUGGUUGCAAAAAUGGUACACAUCAAAUACAGAGAACACCAACAUCCUCCCAUCUCCCCAGAUACUUAGAUCCACCAAUUUUAACAUUUUACCACCUUUGCCAUACCAUUCUUCCAUCUAUCUAUCUAUCUAUCUAUCUAUCUAUCUAUCUAUCAUCUAUCGUCUCUCUAUCAUCUAUUUUCCAGACAUUUGAGAGCAGGGUGCACACAUCAUAUUACUUGAACACAUAAUACUUUAUGUACAUUUCCUACAAAUAAAGAUAUUCACUUUUGUAAUCACCUUAAGGACAGUUAUCAGCUUCAAGAAACAUUGUCACUAUAAAGCUUAUAUUCUAUAUGCCAAGUUUUUCAUAUGCCCCAAUAAUGUCCUUUUGAGCCUCUUCUCCAUUUUUAGAUCCCAUUCAGUAUCAUGUAUUGCAUUUAAUUGCCAUUUUCUCUUUGGUUUCUCUUUCUUUGUUUUUUAAUUGUGAAAACAUAUAUGCAACAUAAAUCUUCCCAUCUCAGGCCCUUCCAAGCAUACCGUUCAGUGAGGCUUGUGCUCUGGGGUCAGACAAUCUAGGUUUGAUUUUUACCCACCUUGUCCAUUCCCAUGAGAGGCAAGUUGCUUAUCUUCUCUUUACCUCAGUUUUCCCAUCAGAAAAAUGGGACUAUAUUAGUUUCUACCUCAUAGGGAUACUGGGCAGAUUAAUAACUGGGAGACAAUGCAUGUACAGUGCUUAACAUCCUAAAAUGGCCACUCAGUAAGUGGAGUGACCCUGGGUCUUAGUCAAUGUUUGGCUGUGAAAUUUGUAAGAAAUGCAAUGGUGUGUGAAUUAGGAAAUCCUUCAGGAUGAGGCUUUAAGGCUUUGUUUAAGCUCCUGUACUUUUCCUUCCUUUGUGUCAUCUUUCUUGGAGAAGUUCUCGCUGCCAUGUCAUUCUUCAAAAUCACACAGCACAGUGUUCUCUGCUUGGUUAGUUCAGAAUGUGCAAAAAUCCGAUCAUGGUAAACAAAUUUUGGAGCUGGAAGGUGCCUCAGAGAUGAGCUGAAGUGUAGCACUUUGGUUUUAUAAAUAAGAAAACUGAGGCCCAGGAAACUUGGGUGACCUUGCUAAGCCAUUCAUUUAGUGUCAUAUCCAGGAUUUGAAAUCUCCUGCCAGUUAUAUCCGUCCUUUGAUUUGGUCAUCAAUUGGGAAAAAGAAGCCCAGUGAUCUUUUUGAGGGCCAAACUCAGGUUCAUGUCUGUGGAUUUUGCAAACAGAGCUUUAGUUCAGUAAAUGCACAAUAUUGAGAAGGUUAUCGGGGCAUCUCUUCUUCUGACAACUGAAGGAAGAAACAUUUGUUCUGUGCCUUCUGUGUGGGCGGGCAUCAUAAACCAUUUCGACACCUGCUCAGUGAAUCAUCUCAGCCGUCCUUCGAGGUUUUGAGCUGAGGAAACUGAGGCUUGGACUGAGUCAGAGACGUGUAUGGUUAACUGCACCGAGGGGUGCUCAGACUUGACAGUAACUCAGCCCCUUGGCUUUGAAAUGCUGCCUCUUGCCAGGGCAUGACUGCUGGGCACCCUUAGUUUCCCAGGGUCCCUGUGACAAAUAGCACACACUGAUUGGCUUAAAGAACAAGAAAAUAUGUUUCACGGUUUUGGAGGCUGAAGUCCACCAUCAAGGUGUUGACCAGGUCGUGCUUUCUCUGAAGACUGUAGGUUCUGUGGUGGCCUGUCUGCCAUCCCUAACUCAGUCCCAGUCCCUGUCUUGUCACACGGCCGUCUGUCUCCGUCUGUCUCCUCCUCCUGAUCUGUCCACACUUCCUCCACUCAUAAGCACUCCAGUCAUUUGGGAUUAAAGCCCAACCCUGAUUCAGUUUGGCCUCCCCUGAACUAAUCACAUCUUCAGAGACUAUGGUAACAAACGGGUCCACACCCGCAGGACGGGGGAGCAGGAUUGAAAGUGUCCCGGCCACGGUGCCGUCCGUGACACCUCCCAGCGUGCCUGAUGCUGAGCACACAUUCUGAAUCUUCCGUAAGGGGCUCAGGGCUCGUCUCACCAAGGGGUUGUCAUUGUGUCUCUUUUCCUGGCUGUCCCCGCCACCUUCUGAGUGGGGACUUGCCUUGUGCUUGCGUCUGCCCCUCCCCUGUCCUGUUGGCCUCUGGGAACGGAUCCUUUGUCGUCUGUGGUGUUCCCAAGGGCCUCCUGUGUAGCUGGGUCCCCGCAUGUCCUGUUCCUUCCACCAGCCCUGCCUCGAGGUCACUCAAGUCUCCAUCUGACAGCUGGAACAGAUGUGUGGCUUCAGCACAUAAACGCCCUGCCCAGCCCUCUUUCCUUCUCUCUCUACCAAAAGCCCUCACAAAAUAAGCUCUCAGAAGAGCAUGGCUGAAAGCUCCAGACACCGGCUUCUGUCAGCGUGAGUGUGAUGGAUCUGAGGCCCCAAACAGAAGCAGCACCCUCAGCGGCAGCUGGUUUCUCAGUGACGUUCACCCACCAAGAGCCGGUGAAGGGCCACAAAAAGGAACGGGUCCUUCGGUCAGUCGCUGCUGAGCUGGGGGGUGGGGUUGAGAGGCCUCCCUUACUCUCACCUUUGCACAAUCAUUGCACACGUACUACACAAGUAUGUGUUGCAUGCCAUGUGGUAUGGUGGAGACACCACAGACAUGGGAUUCCGGAAUGUUCCACAGUAUCUUUGCUCGGAAGUUUUCCUGAGCAAAAAUGUUCAGGCAGAAUAUUUAGAAAAAGUGAAAUAAAGUGAAAGGGAUCGAACAGCCUGUUAAAUGAUGUUUAGUAUCGAUGCAUAUUUUUUAACAAGGAAGAAGGGCAAUGAUAUUUAGAGUCAUCUGCACCUCUUAGCCCUGAAGCACAGGGGGAAGGAAGAAAGGGCAGGCCCUGGGGUUCUCACAGCCUGUUUGUGCUGAGGUCCUAGGGCUCUGUAUUUAGUCAGAUCGACCAUCCUGGCUGCUAGGCAUCCUCAUUUAAAAAGCAGAUCAGAGGCUGUCUAUUUACGUCUUCACCGUUUCACCCGUUUGGAAGCAUUUUCUUUAGCAUAACUUUUUUUUUCUUUGAAGAAUGAGAUUUCAGCAUCUGUCCUAUCAGGCCUGAGCUGUUGGCAGUUUCCGUGGCUGCACCUCUCCCGGUGGCUAGUAAACUUCCCUUAGGUUUCCUCCUCUCUGUCCAGGUCGCUGGCCUGGUACCUGGUGGAGAGAAGAUGCUUGAGGGUAUGUGAGAGGGGAGUCCACACAGGACAGAUUCAGGCCACCCGGGGGCUGUACCGAUUGGAAUGGACUGGCUGGCUGGAGGAAGGGGAGGGGGCUGCGAGACCCCUCCCCACACCUGAGGCCUCUCAGUACAAGAUUGUGGCCACUUAGGUUUAUUUGUGAAAUCUGGACCGUGAAGAUGAGGAAAUUUUAUCUUGGAAUGACGCGAACUUGAAAUAAGCUCUCAGUGAUGCUUCCGAGCAUGAAAUUCAUGUUUGCUCUCCAUGGGUGGCAUGCACGAAGGCUGGCGCUCCAUUCCUGGUUUUGGAGUUUCUCUCCCCUUUCCUGACCUCGAAGCUCUGCUCUAGGGCCACCUGCUCACCGAUCAGCCUGAAGCUGAGAGGUGAGGCUGUGCACCCCGGGGUGGGCAAAAAGCCACGGAAAACUGGGCGAGAUGAGGAGGCUGGAAUGUGUCCCAGUGCCUCCUGAUCAGAAUAUUAACAAACAGAAAAUCGGUUUUUAAUUAAUUUUUAAAAAAUGAAUUCCCUACUCAUCAGACAUAAUAGUCACUUUUGAAUACAAGCAGAAAAAUUAAUUCCACAGCCGAAUAUGCUUCUCGUGUGUGUCACGCUGUUUCCAUGAUCUGUUCUGUUACCUCCAUUGCUGUUUUGGAAAUCAGUGCUUGGUUCACACAGAGUUUAGAUGUCCACUGUGGCGUGUAUCCAGCCCCUGGGGACCCCUGGGGGCUGUGGCUUGGCCCCCAGCCAUGCAGCCACUUCUGGAAGUCAACCCAAAGUCAGAGGGCUCACAGGUCUGGUUUUUUAGUUUCCAAACAAAGAACUAAACCAAAGAAGCAGCAAUGCACUUAGUUAAAUUCUCGUUUGGAAAAUAUCAGGUGGUGGAGAAAUGACUUGUUUUAUAUAUACCUGGUCAGGUAAGACAUUAAAAAAAAAAAAAAUUCCAGCAUGACAGAAAUUGCCUAACACAGACUGAGGAGACUUUGUGGUCAAAUUUUGUUUUUCCAGGAAGAAGAGAAAUUCAAGUAAAUUUAUAUGUCGCUUGAUUUUUGAAAAUGUGGUUUCUCUGUAUUUUAAGAUGAUCGACUAGAUUCUAAUCUCUUUGUAUGUUGGGAUCGGGUAUACCUUUUAUUUAUGACUUGUUAAUAUGGUAAUUUAACUUUAAUAAAAAUUAAAUUAUUAAAAGAGUACAACGCAUAGUGUGAUUAGCUCUAAAUUGUAGAUAGAUGAGAUGAAAUUGUACUUUUUCUGAAAAGCUGGCAAUGUAAGGUCUCAACUGGACAAUCUUUUUUCAUGUUGAUUUUUCUAUAUUGAAAUAUAUUUUAUUUUGUGCUUGGAAAAUAUUUUCGACAUUUCAUUUUGGUUUUGUAUGUUUAGAAAAGUAUAGUGAACAAACUUGAUAUGUUUAUAUUUGGAAAAGAUGUGCAUUUGUUUCCCUUGGAUUUUAAAAGAAAAGUAAUAGACUAUGAUGGUUUGGAGGGUUUCUGGGGCACCAUGUCUGCCUGAGUGGUGAGGCACAAGUUGUCCUGUUGAGAAUUAUGAGUCCAAGACAUUAUGGGAAGGCAUCCUUGGAAUUUUUUUCUCUCAGGUAUAUUUUGACUAAAAGCUAUUAUUUAAUUUUAAGAAAUCAAAUGUUGUCACUUGAAAAGAGGUACUUUUAUAAAGUCUCCAAUGGUAAUUUACCUGUGGGUAUCGAUUACAUUCUCAAUCUUUCGAAGUGUCAUUUACACGGAAAUAAAGUGGUUGAAACAGA